CGAAACAACACUGUGCGCAGGCGUGUGUAUCAUAAUGGCGGAUGAAACAAACACAAAAAAUGUUCUUUGAUUAAUUUUGCAAGUUUAUCCAGAUACAUGAAGCAUAUAGUGAAAUGGCCACACACUUCAUCUGUCAGCCUACGGAACCAUUAGCCCAUCGUUAUCCAUUGAAUCCUGGGCCUGGUAAAGGCCAUGGUGCUGUCUCACACUAUGAACUGUUGAAUACAGCCAGUAAACCUCAUGCAGAGUUCCCUCCCCCUGGUUGGGAUACCUCGCAGAGUUCGGAGGAGUCUCUUCCGCUGUGUCAGGCACCUGUCCCUACCUGGAGAAUCACCAGUGACCUCAUUGGUCCAGACCCACAGCUAUGUAUAACACCAGAUAAAUCACAAGGAAGAAUUAGACCAACGAAACCUGUUCCCGCAUCCAGACCUGACUAUCCUGUGGGAUGUGAUCUAGAUCUCUGUGUUACCCCAGAAAAAAGCAUUGCACAGAAGAAAAUACAGGAAAGAAAUUAUGAUAGACAGAAUGUGAGGUUUGAUGUCAGUGAAUCAGAUAAUUCUAUACUGAGUCAGGGUAUAGCAUCAAGGCCUAGCAAAUCUUACAAACCUUGUGAUUAUUCAGACAAUCUUGAGGAUUCAGAGCCCCGGAAAGAGUUGAAUGCAAAACCAAUGAAGUUCACUCUUCAAAACGCAAAUAAUAAACCAGUGUUUGUCCCACUAGCGGACCACCAUAAACUUCACGCACAAGAGAUCACUGAGGCAGAGGACACAAGGAUUAAACCUGUGCUACCCAUUGUAUCAACCUCCAGCAACAAAGAGGAGAGAGUCAUCACUGUACUUAAAACGGACAACCUCAAGAAAAAGUCCAGAGAGCCACCAGAGACAGCAGAUGAGGAUCCUACCAAACACAUAAAAGAUCUAGCCAACAAGAGGAAAGUUCGUGUUACCAGGGAGACCAAGGAGAAUCCAGCCCUGUCAGAUUACACGUACCCAUUCUCUGGACCAGCAGCAGACAGUGUUCAGGAGUAUGAACAUGUGUUCAUGCGUCCCGAGUACAACAGUACGCUGAGGAUGAGGAAGGAGAUAGAAAGCAUCAGGGAGAGCCAUGUGGAUGUAGUGAAAGCUCUGGAUAAAAAGUUACAGAUCUCAGACACGGUCUCCUCAGAUAUCAGAGAAAAGGCCUCGACUAAAGUGAAUGUCAGUAGCCCGCGAUUUACUGGACUGGUGAGUCUCAGUGUCCCAGUGGAAGACAUCGACAAACCUCAGACAUUCCGAGCCAAACCAGUCAAAGCCAGAUCACAGAGUAAGACUCGGGAACCUGACUUGAUGGAGUUUUUCUCCACGGAAUUCCAACGAGAGACACCGGAGUUGUCCACCCCUGGGCUCUCCACCCCCUCUGAGCCCCUAGUCACUGCCUCCCCAAUGUCGGCCUUUGAUCUAUACAGACAUAAUCGAGUGUGGGAAAGCAAUAGUUACCUUAGAUCUAGGCAGAAGUGAGGACUUAUAGAGCAAAUAUUUAUUAUAGACAGUAAAUGCCAUAUAUUAAUACAUGUAAUUAUGUAUGUUUUGAUAAUAAAAUUUAAAUGAUA